AUGGGGAAACUGAUCAAGAUAGGGCUGCGGAAGAGGCAGUUACUCCAUCCAAAGAGGUUCCGUUGGAGUCGCCUCCUCUUCCUAUUGGGAAUGUUGAUCAUCGGUUCUACCUAUCAGCGCCUAGGGCGACCUCGGGCCCUGCUCUCACUGCGGGCAGAAGUCUCUUCCCAACAGCCUAUAAAACUGGUCAGCCGGGACCUCCCCAGUGAUGAGAUGGUAAUGGUGAGCAGUGAGCCUCCAAAAGCUAGCUCUGGAGUGGAGGGUGGGAUGAAAGCAUCCCAAGCUACAGUGGGCAGGCGUCAAGUACCGCCCAGCAGGACCAGGGAGAACACCCCCAGUCCACCCAGAAGAACAGCCAAGAUCAUUCCAACAACAUCAAAGAACACUCACAGCCUGACAGCAGCAAUUUCAGAGAGAACAAAGGAAAACACCCCAACCACUAGAGUACUGAAUCGUGACACCCCAACUUCAGACAGACCACCAGUAAAAAAUGAUACCCUGACCCCCAGGGAAGAAAUGCAGAGGUACAGCCCAACUCGAGCCAGGAGAAAAGGAGAGCGGCACACACCCUUCCCGGUGAAGGGAACAGUACACAUUUUCACUCCGUCCACAUUCAUGACAAUGGAGAUGAGCCACGGGGUCACCCCCAGCACAAUAGCACAAGACAGUGAAACCAGGGCAAACUAUGAAAUAUCGGAGACCAAUUCUCCCAAGAGAAUAGUGGAAGAAAGUACCCCCAUCACUCUGAAGGGAACAGUUAGCAACAGCCCAACUAGCCCGACACACAAUGCAAAAACAAACAUCUUGACUUCUCCAAGGAAUUUACUGGAAAAGGAUGCCCUGAGUAGACCCAGAAGAAGGGAAAAGAACAGCUCUGCCAGCCCUCGGAUGUCACUGGGAAAGAACAAGCUGACAACUCCCCAGGAAGCACCCUUGCAGCACCUCACAGUCAGCACUGUGACAGGGAACAGCCCAGUAGACACCAAAGCCUCUGCUGCUGCCUGGAGUGUUACGAACCCCUGGCCCCAAUCCCGCUCACCCACCGUCGAAACAGCAUCAGCCACCCUCUGGGAGGUGGCAAAGAAACCUUUCACAGCAUCCAGCACUUCAGUAUCCCCCAAAGUCAGGGCCGUUCUGACCACCCAGGUCCGGCACUGUGUGGUUGUGGAGCCAGCUCCAGCCACACCCCACACCCCAUCCCACAGCCCGACAACGGCCCUGCUCCCAGGGGUGCCUGGUCCCAGUCUCUCAGCACCACUCCCUGGCUGGCCAGAGCCCCACCCCAAGUCAGAGUACCCCCUGGACCUGUUCAGUGUGGAUGAGCGGCGGCAGGGCUGGGUGGUCCUGCAUAUCUUCGGCAUGGUGUAUGUGUUUGUGGCCUUGGCCAUCGUAUGUGAUGAGUACUUUGUCCCAGCCUUGGGCAUCAUCACGGACAAGCUGAAGAUCUCUGAGGAUGUGGCAGGUGCCACAUUCAUGGCUGCUGGAGGCUCUGCCCCGGAGCUCUUCACUUCCCUCAUUGGAGUCUUCAUUUCCCACAGCAACGUGGGCAUCGGUACCAUCGUGGGCUCUGCCGUGUUCAACAUCCUCUUCGUCAUUGGCACCUGCUCCCUCUUCUCCCGGGAGACCCUCAACCUCACCUGGUGGCCGCUGUUCCGUGAUGUCUCCUUCUACACCCUCAACCUGUCCAUGCUCAUUGUCUUCUUCCUGGACAGCCUCAUCGCCUGGUGGGAGAGCCUGCUGCUGCUGCUGGCCUACGCCUUCUACGUGCUCACCAUGAAGCGGAACAAACAGAUUGAGGUCUGGGUGAAGGAGCAGCUCAGCAGGAGGCCAGUAGCCAAGAUCAUGGCUCUGGAGGACCUCAGCAAGCCAGGUGAUGGGGCCACUGCAGCAGAUGAGCACCAGGACCACAGGAAGCUGCAGCUCCAGUCAGUGCUGACCCGAGGGAGCAGCUCAGCCUUGCUGCACAACAGCACCAUCCGUACCACCAUCUACCAGCUUGUGCUCCACAGCCUGGACCCCCUGGGGGAAGCCCGCCCCUCCAAGGACAAGGAGGAGAGGUUGACUCAGGAGGCCAGAGCUCAACCCCAGACCAAAGCAAAGAACAGAGAAGAAGAGGAGGAGCCAGCCAAGCACCUUGCAGUCACGAUCACACCUGCUCCUGCUCCAGACCUCCGGAGAGAUCAGGAGGAGGAUCCUGGCAGCCAGGAGGAUGUGGUUGGAGUGGAGAGGAGAGAUGAAACGACAGGUGAAGAGGGCGAAGUUGAGGAGAAAAGUGGAGGGGAGGCUCAUUCAGAAGAGGAAGGUGAAGUGGAGGCAGGAAAAGGUGAACAUGAAGAUAAAACUGAGAUGGAAGGAAAAAAGCACGCAGGUGACACUGAAGUAGAAGGAAAAGAUGAACAGGAAGAUGAAGGUGAAAUCCAAGCAGAAGAUUGUGAAAUGCAAAGUGAAGCUGAAGCACAAGAAGUCAAGGCUGAAAAUCAAGUCAAAAAUGGGGAGAAAGGUGCAGAUGGUGAAGCGGGGAGUGACGGAGAUGACAGUGAAGAGGAGGAAGAGGAUAAUGAAGAAGAGGAAGAGGAGGGAAAUGAGGAGCCUCUGUCCCUGGACUGGCCCGAGACCAGGCAGAAGCAGGCCAUUUACCUCUUCCUCCUGCCCAUCGUGUUCCCAUUGUGGCUGACGGUGCCUGAUGUCCGGAGGCAGGAGUCUAGGAAGUUUUUUGUUAUUACCUUCCUGGGAUCCAUCAUUUGGAUAGCCAUGUUCUCAUACCUCAUGGUGUGGUGGGCUCACCAGGUUGGUGAAACAAUAGGGAUUUCAGAAGAGAUUAUGGGCUUGACAAUCCUAGCUGCAGGCACAUCAAUUCCUGACCUCAUCACAAGCGUAAUUGUUGCUCGGAAAGGCCUGGGAGACAUGGCUGUGUCAAGCUCAGUGGGAAGUAACAUAUUCGACAUCACUGUGGGCUUGCCGGUCCCUUGGCUGCUUUUCUCCCUUAUCAAUGCGCUGCAGCCUGUUCCAGUCAGUAGCAAUGGUUUGUUCUGUGCAAUUGUUUUGCUUUUCUUCAUGCUUCUGUUUGUCAUCUCUUCAAUUGCAUCAUGCAAAUGGAGAAUGAACAAGAUCCUGGGCUUCACCAUGUUCCUUCUCUACUUUGUGUUCCUGAUAAUCAGUGUGAUGCUAGAAGAUCGCAUCAUAUCCUGUCCCGUGUCUGUCUGAGAUUGCUGCGCACAAAGGACAUAGGUGGGAAGACCAGGUCAGAAGCUACUGGACCUUGUUACAUUAAGGAUGAACACUGCCGGGUGUGGUGGCGCACGCCUGUAAUCCCAGCACUCAGGAGGC